GCUUGCCAUACUCCAGUUGGUGGACGUCAUCAUGGAGGAGCAGCACAGACUGUAGCUGGGCAACACAACGCAGCACCUCCGCAGAAUCAUCCAGCUGCAUCAAAUCGUUUUAUUUGGAAAGGUCAUCACUGAAACGAACCAACACAGGAGACAGCUGAGGGGUCACAGCCGCCAAGAUGAAGCAUUUCCUCAGAGUGGUCACCCAGUUCUUUGCGUUCCUUUACUGUAAAUGUCUGUGGCGGGGCCUAAAGUUUGUUGCCAGGAAGUUCACAGGCCGCUGUGAGCUGCAGCGAAUCUGCUACAACAACAAGCCGGGAGCUCGCAGGACCCUGAAGAUAGAGUCGUCCAUGCGUUACUCCAAGUAUGAGCUGCUGCAAUCGGCCCUUAGUGCCCACCCUGACAAAGUGGAGAAGACCAUCGAUGACAUCAUGGCCUUAAAGAAGAUCAACCCAGACACCAAUCCACAGCUGGGCAUCUCUCUGCAGGCCAGUCUGUUGCAGAUUGUGGGCUACAGGAGUCUGAUUGUGGAGGUGGAGAAGCUUCGCAGGGAACCUUAUGACUGUGAAAACGCUGAGCAUGAAAACAUGCUGAUGAAGCUAUGGAAGGAGCUGCGUCCUGACACCCCCCUCACUGCCCGCAUCUCCAAACAGUGGUGUGAAAUCGGUUUCCAAGGCAACGAUCCUAAGACUGAUUUCCGAGGGAUGGGACUGCUGGGCCUGCAGAACUUGCUGUACUUUGCAGAACAUGACAAGGCUACUGCUCUGCAGAUGCUCCAGGAUUCACUACAACCAAAGCACAAGAGCACUCACAGAACGCCCAGUGAACUGAACAAGCCAGACUGGGAGCAGAAGAAUCAUGACAAAGCAAUCGGAUAUUCUUUUGCCAUCGUGGGCAUCAACAUCACAGACCUGGCCUACUCUCUGCUUGUGAGCGGAGCUCUGAAGACCCACCUGUACAACGUGGCCCCAGAGAUGCCCAACCUGCAGCACUUCCAGCAGACCUUCUGUUACCUAAUGCAGGAAUUCCACCGCUUCUGGAUCGAGGAGGAUCCCAGCGACAUCAUGGAGUUCAACCGGGUCCGCACCAAGUUCCACCGGAGGAUCCUGCGGCAGCUGAAGAACCCGGAUAUGGCUUUGUGCCCCCACUUCGCCGCCUCUGACCUCCACCUGGUCAACCUGUAAUAUCUACCAACUCAAAACCCUCCCAGAAGAUCUUCAACAGGUGUUCGGUAGGCCGGUGAAAAAAAA